GGCUCCGUGGGCGCUGGGGCGGGAGUUUCCUCACUCCGCCCGGCCGUCGCUCCUCCGCUGACUCCGCGCCCUUGUCCGGGCUGUCUCCCACCCCCUGAGCGGACGCACGGAGUCGAGGCCGGGCGAACCGGGCGCCAUGAAGGGCAGCUGCCUAACAGGCGCCGCGGCGGAGGGGCUGGUCGGCUGAGGGCCCGCGCCGGGCCGAGGCAUGCGGAGCCCGGGCGGGAUCCUGCUCCAGGCGCUGCCCCGGCUGCUGCAGCACGCGGCCCUCCCGGGCCUUGCAGAGCUGCCUGCCCGCUGGGCCCUGCCGCGGGGUGCGGGCGGGGACGGCCUGGCGGACCGCCUUCCCCGAGGGGGCGGGGCGAGCGCGGCGGCAGCAGCGGCGGCGGCCUCGGGCGCCCUGCUCGGCGCCUAUCUGGAGCGCCACGGUCCGCCAGCGGCUUCGGAGCUGCCGGAGCCGGGCGGGGCCUUGGCGGGCUGCCCCGGGAGCGGCGGCGGCGUGGUGGUCGGCGUGGCCGAGGUGAGAAACUGGCGCUGCUGCUGCCUCAGCAGCACCUGUUGGUGCCGGAGCCUCGUGCUGGUCUGCGUGCUGGCCGCCCUGUGCUUCGCUUCCCUGGCCCUGGUCCGCCGCUACCUUCAGCACCUCCUGCUGUGGGUGGAGAGCCUUGACUCGCUGCUAGGGGUCCUGCUUUUCGUCGUGGGCUUCAUCGUGGUCUCGUUCCCCUGCGGCUGGGGCUACAUCGUGCUCAACGUGGCCGCUGGCUACCUGUACGGCUUCGUGCUGGGCAUGGGUCUGAUGGUGGUGGGCGUCCUCAUCGGCACCUUCAUCGCCCAUGUGGUCUGCAAGCGGUUGCUCACUGCCUGGGUGGCCGCCAGGAUCCAGAGCAGCGACAAGCUGAGCGCCGUUAUUCGCGUCGUGGAGGGAGGAAGCGGCCUGAAAGUGGUGGCGCUGGCCAGACUGACCCCCAUACCUUUUGGGCUUCAGAAUGCAGUGUUUUCGAUUAUUAUAAGUAUAGGCCUCAUGUUUUAUGUAGUUCAUCGAGCUCAAGUGGAAUUGAAUGCAGCUAUUGUAGCUUGUGAAAUGGAACUGAAGUCCUCUCUGGUUAAAGGCAAUCAACCAAAUACCAGUGGCUCUUCAUUCUACAACAAGAGGACCCUAACAUUUUCUGGAGGUGGAAUCAAUGUUGUAUGAUUCUAAUGAGAUAUGUGAUUGUCAAGAGCCUAGUGUGCUGUCUAAGGUCUAGCAGUCACUUCAUUAGUGGGCAGAGACAAGUACUAAUUGUAUUACGGCACAAACAAAACUGACUCGUUUUUAAAUUGCACAAUUUUUUUUUUUAAAGCAAGAAUCAUUUUCUGGAUAUGUAAGUGUAAAUGUAGAUGCAAAUUUGGCUGCACCUCUUUAUCAUGCCUGUAUUGGCCUAUAGGUCUGCACUUUAGUGUUUUUUAAUUGUUUUAUUUCUGGGUAUUUACGAACAGAGAAAUAACCCAAAUAUUAUUUCUGAUUAGUGUCUUUAUUUAUACAGCCCAUGAGUUGUUUGUAUGCAUAUUUCCUACUUGUAAAGAUGAGUAAAAGUAUGCAGUUUUAAAUGUGUAAUAUUAUUGGAUGUUCUUUGCUUUGGUAGUCUUUCCAGAAAGGAUAAACAGAUAAACAGUCUUUCCAGAAAGGAUAAAAUCCUUUCCAGAAAGGAUUGUUUUGUUUUGUUUUAUUGUUUAAGUGGGACCACUUACCUUCCCAUUUCCUUACUAGUUAGAGAACAGACAUUAAUUUUCAGUGGAAUGUAUUUUUGCAGGCAUCAUGUUGUUACAGGGCCAUUUACACCUAUUCACAAAGCUUAAAUCCUACCUUGUGGGACUGAAGUGCUCUUAAAAUAACUGUUUAUUUUCACUGUGUAAUAUGCAAAGCAAAAGGGAAAUUAUUUAGUGGGUAGUGACUCAAAAUUAGAACUCUUGUUCUAAUUCAUUUACAUUGGCUUUACCCUCCUUAGAUUUUUCAUCAAAGGGCUGUCCCAUUGCAAUCUUACUAAAACAUUUUGUUAAAAUAAACUUUUUUCCUUUUUAUAUUAAUAAUUAGGCUUUUAAAUAAAAAUAUUAUUCGUUUAAAAUGGUGGGCUUACCAUCAUUGAAGAUGUCACUCAGGUGGCCUUGUUUGAUCAAAACGCCUUUUUUAAAAACCAAGCUUUAAAAACAUGUUUAUAAUUUCAUGAAGUACAUAUAUAUUGUUCCCAUAGUCUUCAGCUUUAAAACUAUAAAUAUGAUAUUAAGUUAAUGCCCAAAUUUGUGUUAUUUGCCCUACUUUAAGUAAGUUUAUUUUCUUUGUUUUUUUGGUACUUGUUUUUCUCUGAUAAGACUCAGGAAUUCUGAAAUGUGAAAUUGUCUCAAUUCUUUCUCUUGUAGCAUGAAUCAAAUGUAUUUAUUAAUAGCACUUAUGACUAUAGAAUAUAAUUUGGCAUAUGAUUCAUAGUACAUAUGUAUUAUUCAUUUAUUUUAUUUUUAAAAUAGUUUAAUUAUAAACUUAAUGAGUUUUUUUUAACAAAUGAGAUUAUAGAUAUUAAUGCAAAUUUUCUGGUAGGUAUCUCUUUUAUUGCUAUGACGAUUCCAACUUAUCAGAGACCUCCCAUUUGCCUUUUCAUCAUGGUAAAAGCUUUGCCCUCAUCUACUAAAGUACAAAGGAAUUCUUUGGAAGCAGAUUAUUUUAGUCUUAUGCUAGAAAUGAAUUUGUUCAUUUUAAUGGGUGAUCUUUUUUCUCUAUCAGGUGUAAUUGCUUUCCUUUCCUUUAUAAUGUGUAAGUUUUCUCACCUUUGACUAACAGUAAAGUUCAUUUAUAUGUCCAUACCAAGAAGACUUCAGUGCAAAUACUUUGAGAGCACCUGGGUCUACAGGACAUAAUUGGCCUCCAAAUCCUCCUUUCUUGUUAAUAGUAGGAAAAUAGAUAUAGUAUUGUAAUACCCUUAUUCUUUUUUGAGUCCUAAUUACUCAUUUCUUUUUCUUUUUUCUUUCUUUUGAAUCCUAGUUGCUGGUUUUUAAUGAUUUUAGUUUAACAAUCCCAACCAACAAUACAUUUGAUUUAUUUUUUUCUGUCUAACCUGACAGUCUUUUUCGUGUGCUUCUGGUUUGUUGGUUAGUUUUUGUGAAAAGAAUCAUUAUUUAAGAUCACUAUUUUCAUACUUGUUUUACACUUCACGUAUUUGGAAGUGCAUUUAUUUACUUAGCAUUUGUGACUUGAAUAAUUUCACCAAAUGAAUACUUUUUGAUAGUUUGUAAUGAGUUCUAAUUGUUACACUUUGCUUGGUACUUAUAAUAGAUAUGUAAAGGUAAAAGAAAUAAUUUUUCUGUAUUCUGCCAAUCUUAAUUUUAUAUAAUAAAUCAUCCAUUUUUUUCUUAAAAUAGUAUGGAUUGACUGUUUCUAAAAUACCAAUCUAUGGCUGUGGUUUUUCUUUUCUUCAGCAUUUCCAGCAUCCAAGUAAACAGUAGUCCCUUACAGUCCUGCUACUUGAUGGGUGAAUUUGGUUGCUGGGUUUUUAGGUUGCAUUCACAAUAAAUCGUGCAAAGCAUUGCCAUGCCUUAUUUACUCCAUUUUUAAUCCUGUAUCCCGGAUUUAUGGCAGCAACACACAUCUAUAGGGUACUUUUAUGUUGUCCAAAUAUUGCUGUCAGUCAUAUAUACUUAUAAAAUGUCUCCAGUCAUGUAUAUUUAUAGAAAUGUCAAAUUUCUCAGACUGUUAAAGUGCAGUAUAAAGUUGCUUAAUGCACACUUAAAAAUGGUAUAUAAUUUCUGAAUCUUAUGAAAGAUGUGUUCUUUUUUAAUUCUUUGGGCGUUUUCUUAAGUUUUACAUAGUUUUUGGUUUACUGUUAAUGAUUUUGUUUACUCUUUGCCAAAUUUUGUCAUGUAGGUUAUUUUACAAUAGCACCUUUUAAAAGUGUAUAUACUAAUUUACUAAGUAUAUUCAUGUCCAUUUUUAUUUGAUCAUCUGAUUUGUGAAAUAACUUGAAAUUUGUACUGUUUGGUUUGUGAAAAUAAUAUUACCAACUCUCUGUCAUUAGAAUGUGUAUUUUAUGUUCAGAAGUGACUGUGGGUUUAUUCAGAGCCAGCCAUUCUCUCCCUUGAUGCACUUUGUAACCAGUUACAAAUCCUUUUAGGUGGCUUUUGCCUGAUAGGGUCAGGUGUAUUACUAUAAAACAUUUUUCUUCUUAUGAAGCUAUUAAGUUCAUUAGUUACUCUUAUUUCCCCUUGUUAUAAUUAAGUGGUGCAGGUACAAGCAUAUCCCCACUGUGUGUGAAUGUGCACUGCUGAUUUGGACUGUUCUUGAGAAAGGUGCUGUGACUUACAUAUGUCAAUAUUUAUUGUCUCUAGAGAUAUCUUUAGAAUGCUUGAGAAAGUCACUAGGUGUGUGCCAGGUUGGUGCAGGUAAACCCAUGCUGUUCAUAGCCAAGCAGCAUUUGCAGAGAAAAGGAGAGUUUUACAUAGACCCCAGGAAAAACAGUACUAACCUAGUUGAUGGCCUUGGUGGUGGAAUUUUGUUUCAGCCAGAGGCUACUCACUAUAUUGGAAUGAUGUUCAGUAUAACACCAUCUGAUUUUUAGGUUGGCCAAUUUCUGUUGUAAUCAAGUAUUUAGUAUAUAAUUUUUAAAGUCAUUGCUUUAAUCUGAAAAGCCAUUAGAAGGGAGAGGAAUCACUGUUCUACAGGAUAUUUAAAACUCAGGAGUUCAAAUAACCUCACAUAUUGAACAUAAACUGUUAACUUACUCCACAACUUAAUUCUAACCUGAUACUUAUGAAUUGCAAAGUGAUUGCUGCAAACUGUUUUCUAAGGUGGCUGAAGAUUUAAAAUAGAUCAUUCUAAAGGGAAAUCAGUAAAAUGUCUUGAUAAUUGGUAUCCAAAUCACUUGUGUGCCUGAGAAAAUAAAAGGUAAUAUUUUA